UGAAGGAGGCUAGGAACCUGGUUCCAAUGGAUCCCAAUGGUCUGUCGGAUCCAUACGUGAAGCUGAAACUGAUUCCUGAUCCUAAAAGUGAGAGCAAGCAGAAAACCAAGACCAUCAAAUGCUCCCUGAAUCCAGUCUGGAAUGAGACUUUCACAUUCAAUCUAAAGGAUUCUGAUAAAGAUCGACGGCUUUCUAUCGGAAUAUGGGACUGGGAUCUAACCACAAGGAACGAUUUUAUGGGCUCCCUGUCCUUCGGGAUCUCAGAGCUGCAGAAAGCCGGGGUCAAUGGGUGGUACAAGUUGCUGAGCCAGGAAGAAGGUGAAUAUUACAAUGUGCCAGUGCCACCUGAAGAGGAUACGGAAGGAAAUGAGGAACUGAGGCAGAAGUUUGAGAGAGCCAGAAUUGGGCCGGGCUCUAAAGCAGCCGACGAGAAGAGAUCCAGCUCGUGGUCCAAAAUUGACAACAAUGGCAAUCGUGAUCGGAUGAAGCUGACGGACUUCAACUUCUUGAUGGUGCUGGGGAAGGGCAGCUUUGGAAAAGUGAUGCUGGCUGAAAGGAAGGGCACUGAUGAACUGUAUGCCAUCAAAAUCCUGAAGAAGGAUGUGGUGAUACAGGAUGAUGAUGUGGAGUGCACCAUGGUGGAGAAGAGAGUCCUAGCUGCUCCUGGAAAGCCCCAAUUCCUAACUCAGCUCCACUCCUGCUUCCAGACAAUGGAGCGUUUAUACUUUGUCAUGGAGUAUGUUAAUGGAGGUGAUCUCAUGUACCAGAUCCAGCAGGUUGGCAGAUUCAAAGAACCCCAUGCUGUAUUCUAUGCAGCUGAGAUUGCUGUUGGUCUGUUUUUCCUGCACAGCCAUGGCAUCGUUUACAGGUGA